AUGAAGCCCCCAGCCGCCCCCUACAGCUCACCCCUCCUCCCCCAACUCCCCCUCCAAAACCCCUACUACAACCCCCUCCACCACAAUCUCCGCGCCUCCGUCCGCUCCUACAUCGAAACCUCCAUCGCCCCCUACGCCCAAGAAUGGGAAGAAGCGGGUCAAGUUCCCGAAUCCGUCCGCCGCCGCCACUGCGAACUAGGCUUCAGCAUUGUGCACCCGCUCACAACUCCCGAAGAUGCGGGUGGUCUGUCGCUGCCGGGAACCGUGCCAUUUGAUAAGUGGGAUACGUGGUGCAGUUUGAUUUUGACAGAGGAGCUUACGAGGACUGGUUUUGUGGGUGUUGUUUGGGGAUUGGGUGGUGGAAAUGCGAUUGGGGGGCCGCCGGUUGCGAGGUUUGGGACUGUGGAGCAGAGGAGGAGGUGGUUGCCGGGGAUUGCGAAGGGGGAGGUGAGAUUUUGCUUAGGGAUUACAGAGCCUGAUGCUGGGUCGGAUGUUGCGAAUAUUCAGACUACGGCGAAACGCGAGGGAAAUUACUAUAUCGUCAACGGUGCGAAAAAGUGGAUUACCAACGGUAUCUGGGCUGAUUACUGUACGGCUGCUGUUCGAACUGGGGGACCGGGUAAGGGUGGAAUCAGUUUGUUGGUGAUUCCUCUGAAGGCGCCUGGGGUUACUCGUCAACGGAUGCACAAUUCGGGUGUCAAUGCCAGCGGAUCAACAUUUAUUGAGCUCGACGAUGUCCGUGUUCCGGUUGACCAUCUAAUUGGGGAAGAGAACAAAGGAUUCCCAUUGAUCAUGUCGAACUUCAACCCUGAGCGCCUCAGUCUCGCAUGCGCCUCUCUACAACUAGCCCGUGUAUGCGCAGAAGACGCCUUCAACUACGCCAUCCAACGCGAAACAUUCGGCUCCCCCCUGAUCAGGAAGCAAGCCAUCCAAUCCAAAAUCUUCAAGUUCGGCCUAAUGAUCGAACCCGCUUACGCAUUCAUGGAACAACUCGCGCACAUCCUCGAACUCACCAAAGACCAACCCGUGGACAAUGUCAGAAUCGGGGGUAUGACGGCUCUUCUCAAAGUAAUGGCGACUAGGGCUCUUGAGAAGAGUGUCCGCGAAGCACAACAGAUUCUGGGUGGUGCUGGUUAUAAUAGGGCUGGGAAGGGAGCACGGGUCGAGCAGAUUAGUCGGGAUAUGAGGGUCCAUGUUGUUGGGGGUGGGAGUGAGGAAAUCAUGAUGGGGUUGGCGUUACAAGAGGAGCUGAAGGCUCUUAAGACGAGAUGGAAGGCGUUGGAGAGUCGGAAGUCGAAGAUGUAG